AAUGUUCAUAUUUUAUUUCUUGAAAGUGCAAUACUUCAAAAUAAGUAUACUGUUCAUAAACAAUGCAUUGAAAGAAUGUAUAUGAGAGAAAGCACAAAAAUGAAAGAAUAUGAAGGUCGUAAAUUAGUAGGAUUUUCAAUGGAACAAAUAUUCGAUGUUGUAGCAGAUGUAAAAAAUUAUAAAGAUUUUGUGCCAUUUUGUAAAAAAUCUGAUGUUAUAUUUAAAAGUGGCGAUAUACUUCAAGCCAAUUUGGUAAUAGGGUUUCCACCUAUAAACGAAAGCUAUACAUCAAAAGUAACGAAGGUGCGACCGCGUAUGGUAAAAGCCGAAUGCACGGAUGGUAGAUUAUUUGAUCAUUUAAACACGUUAUGGCUUUUCAGUCCAGGACUGAAGAACAAUGCACAAACCUGCGUUAUUGAUUUUUGUUUAUCAUUUCAAUUCAAAUCGAUUAUUCAUUCACAUUUGUCGAAUUUAUUUUUUAAUGAAAUUGUAAGGCAAAUGGAAAAUGCUUUCCUUGAAGAAGCUAAUCGUAGAUAUGGAAGACCGUGUAUAAAAACAGUACGAUUGGAGAGAUGA